CGCCUCGCGAGAGAGGCGUGUCAUCCGGGUUUUCCUACGCUGCGUUACACAUUUAACCCUGCCGUUCGGUUGCGGUGCGUUUUUGUGCGGGCUGUCGGGCGAUAAGGGUGCGUUCUCGUUCAAAAGCCACCCCCGGUAGCGCGGAACUCGGAACUCGGUAAUACGACUUCCGGUCACUCGGCCGUCUCCUCGCGUCGCAUCCUCGUCCCUUAUUCACUCACCGGCAGACGAUCAUGCGGAGAACAAUUUGGUGGUCCAAAUUUCAUCCGGAUCCACUGCAGGCCGCCGGAGAAUUCCUGCGCUAAAGAUGGAUAAUUAAUCGUUUCUUCUUGUAAACUUGUCACUGAGAUCACGUCCGCUUUGAACAACGGCAGUUGAUCAAGAGGAAGAGAUACAGAGUAGUGAAAAUAUGAAACUUUAUUAUCAUUAAAUAAACGAUCAUUCGCUGUUAGCGUUGAUUCGCUGUGAUCAAAUUAUUCUACUGUUUAAGAAUAGUGAUUGAUUGGCUGUGUUUUCGCGUAGCCAAAGUUACGUGUAUAUGAGACAGGCAGUCGUGUAGUGAUCGUAUUUAUUUACCGUAAGCGUCCUUCAAUCGGGUGAAGUAAACACUGGUAUCGAUUACUCAAAAUUUGGGAUUCGAAGGUCACGUGACAUGAGCGAAUUAUUGUUGACGAUUCCCGAGCUCGAGCCGAUCGUCAGUUCGACGCGUCGCGUCGCGAUCGACGGACCGGAUCGUUGCUGAUAAGCAUAAAUCGGCGUCUAUUCAUCAAAUAAAUAAUGACUGGUGUGAAUUGAUCAACCGAUCUCCGACCGAAAGAAUAAAAAUAGGCACGGCAUGAUCGGUCCGCGCUCAUUUCGCCUCGGAAGUUUUGUGCAAAAUGUUGAACAAAUCAGUGAACGUGCGUUAUGAAAGCGUGAUGUGAAAGUGGAUAGUCGUGACUUGGAGCAAAAUCUAGGAUACGAAAAGCAUCGGAUUUUUGUGAAUGUGUGAUUAAAGUAAAAAAAAAAAAUUUACCGCGGUAGUUCGCGAGAGGAGAAACUGCGUAAUUUGAUGCUCAUGUCUCUCUCCCGAGCUUCUGUUCGACGCUAACUGACUAACUACAACCACCAACAACAACAAGAAACACAAGCUGAUAUCCGUCCUCUGAAACAUGAUGCUGCGACAUCUUCUGAGCAAUCUAACGUCGACGGAGGUCGUCAUGCCGACGGAAAGCAUGGUCUUUUCGUCCUCGGUGUCCCCCUUGUCCUCCUCCCUCUCGCCUCCGGCCAGUGACUCGAGUAUGACCGGGGACCUGGAAACAGUUUCGAGCACGACGCCGGCUUCACCGACUACCAGACCCGACUUACACGUCGACAAUGCAACUGGGUACGGAUACGUUGCUGAACACGAUGAGCUCGACUACAGUAUAUUAGCAGCCUUCUCCGACAUGCAGACGGUGUUUCUAGCCUGCAUAUGCACGUUACUCCCGCUGAUAGUGGCACUAGGAAUUGCAUUUGGAGUCAGGCACGUUUGGAGGAAGUAUCGCAACAGACGCCACUGUGCAGGCGGCCUACCCUGGUAUAGCGGAGUUUGCUCGAGGGAAGACACCGUCGAGUCCUUGCAUCACCGACCCCACUCAGGAAGCACCAUUAUCCAGCCUGCCACCAGAGUUCUGUCGGCCCAAGACCUGGUCAACGGGAUUGACGGAAAUAGAUACAUCUGCGAGACGGAAGUGAUGGAGGAAGUCGCGCUGACCGGAAGCACGGAAUAUACGUCACCAGGGAAUCACACGAGCAAAAACGCUAACGGAAACAUUAUUACCCUGACUCUGAAGAACAACCAUUUGAUCGUCGAAACGGAGGAAAGAGGGCUCACGAUGGAGGACGCGAACAAUCACAAGUACAACGACGGUGGAUGCUCGUUUAUCGUCGAGGUCCAACCCGAAUACCAGAGCGACGAAGCCGAUGCGAACAAGGGAUCGGCGGACGACGUCAGACCCACCGUCACCGAUCAGCAGGCUCUUGUCCACCGCGAAGAAGCCGCCGACGAUCGUCAUAAUGCUGAAUUGGAGAACACGAAGAUCUUCGGGAGCACGAACACCGGCCUAUCCCAAUCCGACUUGUCGGUAUCGAGUCCCGGAUCAGCGAACCCGAGCUACUGUUACGGGAACCAGCUGGAGUACCAAUCGGGUCACUUUGGGUAUCCGGUCUACGCGGGUUACGAGACUGACGAUCCGGCAAACAGGCAUGCCGGGGAAUUGGAGGGCGGUUCGAAGUGGGUGGAGUUCGAGAAAUCCCCGGACGUGGACCAGACUUUGGUAGACGAACCGAAGUCAAUGAGCUUCGAAAAGAACGGGGAGUUUGAGGAGCACAGCGUACAGAUGACACUGGAGAAACAGAGCCACGUCGAGUACUCGACGGACUCGACGAGCUCGUCGAUGGAGCACCAGGACUCGACGGACGCGAGCAAUUCUACGGACACGGUCAAGUCGAACCCGAAUUUGCAGGUUAACGGCUCGACUCCGAACAAGCUCGAGAUAAUGGAGCAGAAGGCGUUGUCGAUAGAGUUUUGCAGACCAGAAACAACGAAGCCGAUUAUAACCGGGGCUCUCCUUAAGGAGGAUACCCAGGAGGACACCUUCCAAGAGCAGCAGCGGAAGCUGGGAAACGGCACCCUGACACCCGACCACAAGAAGGAGGAAUCACCGAGAGAACAGAGGGCCGAAAGCGCCGCGACCUUCGUCCCGUCCCACAGACGAUCGGGGAGCAUACCGCCCCGACUGAUCGAGGAGAACCUGGAGCUGGAGAGGAAGAAGUCCCUCGACAUAUACAGCCAGAUAAAAACUACGACGAAGAACAUGCUGCCCGGUCUCAGUCCGAAGUUCGAAAUAUUGAAGAACGAGGUAAGUCCGAUAGAGGAGAAAAGGGAGAGUUAAUAUCAAGAUGGGGGUCGGUAAGGGCUGAGCGUCCCUGGUGGCGGUGAUACGCGUAGUUCGUAAGGGAGGCGUUUUAGAGGUGUAGGUAAAUAGAAUAGAGGGUACGCGGUGAAAGGCUCCGUCGCUCGGACAGACUAGAUGAUCAAGUGCGGGGAGCGGAGUAACCCAAAAGGGAGCAAUAAAGGGAAUUCGGGACGAGUGGACCAGGUGAAACGGGAGCUUUUCGAAAGGCCGCAGGUACCUCGCGUCUAGGGAUUAACGACGCCGGGCGUUAACUCUGCGGUUCAUAAUUCUCCGGCGAUCACGCGAAACGUCGCGGUGCCCGUGCGCGGGGCUAGAUUAGUCAAAUCUUGCGAAAAUGCAUUCAGCGACUAGCGGCGAAAGCACGGAGCUUUAAACCGGCCUCGACAAUGCAGCCUAAUGACCGCCCUCUUCCUCCCUCCCUCCCUCCCACCCUUCCGCCCUUCAUUUCUCCCUCUCUCAUUCUCUCAUUCACUCGUCGAGGCACCUACCCAGCCUUUUGCGGCAUAUAAGCCUUGGGAGUCGGAAGACUCCGUGGACAACGGCGAGAACAAUUGGCUGCUAACGAACGCGCCGCGCUCCGACGACACCCAGGCUCUGUCCGUGUCGUCGUCUCGUGCUUGCGGCGCGUUCUAUUACGCUGCGUAAUUGUGUGUGCAUAAGUGAGGAGCUUUGCUCUUUUGCCAGUACCUGCGGUUUCGUUUUUAUUCUUUUUUUUUUUUUUAUGUUCUAUUUUUUAUUUUUUAUUUUCUACCUUCUACUUAAUUUUUCAACGCCUCAAUUCCUGCGGGAGAACAAUCGGUCGGGACAUAAUGGAUGGGGGACAAUUGAAGCGUGCAGGUCUAUGACCAAUAUUACGACUGACUAAUUUAUUUGAAAGGUUGUACGGUACCUACUGGGAUCCGACGUAUAAUUCCAACGUCGAUAACCAAUAUGGCGCUGAUAACUAUGAUCAGCUAAUCGUUGUAGAGGAAUGUAAUUACACGAAAAAGCUCGCGCAGGAUCCUCGGCUUUUAUCUUGUCGUGUUGAAUUAUUGGUGUCGAUUAGGAAAACCCUGAAGACUUACCCGGAUGAUUGAAUUAUACGACUCUUAUUAGCAAUCGUAGAAUCGUAUUCUUUGAUACCGGUUGGCGACUUACGAUGUAUCGGAUCCCGCGUCGGUAUUCUCGCGAAUGAAGAUCAAAAAUACAUUUUCAUUGUCUCUUAUUUUUUGUUUUUGAGUAUACAUUUGGCAAGGGAAAAAAAAAAUGUCACUGUUUCACGAAACGGAAGAAUAAGCUCAGUGAAUGAAAAGUAGAACAAAGAACGAUAUUGAUAUAUGGAACAAAAAAUAAUAAGAAUAAUAAUAAUAAUAAUAAGAGGGAAGUGAAGGAAAGAUGUGAAUUAAUAUUAACAAAAACUUUUAAUACACACAAUAUAUAAGAAUAGUUUUUUGCUUUUCCUUCGAGCAAUUUUAAAUACCUAUAAUAAUUAUAGGAAUGUUGCACCAAUGUUAGAAGAGAAUUUUAUAGCACGAUCAAAACCGGCGGAUAGUAUGUAACAGAAGCGUCCGUAUAAUAGCAGGUUAUACGACGGAAUAUUUAUAUUGCUAUGUGUAAACCAGUGACUUUAGAUUACAGUAUCUAACAAUAAUAGGUAUACAUGUUAUAUCUGUAGCGAGUAAGAAUUAUGACUAAAAAUAUAACCAAUCAGUAUUAAUUAAACUCGGUAUUAUACUCUUAACUGCUAAGAUCGAUAUUACACUAAAAUUCUUAAGCAGGCUUAAGGUCACACGACGUGGAUUCUAGUGCCAAAAUAGUUCCUUAAGAUUUUUAAACAUAAAACAGUACACGUAAUAUACAUUUAUUAUUAUUAUUAUUAUUAUUAUUAUUAUUAUUAUUAUUAUUAUCAUCAUAUGUAUAGUAUUAUUGUUAUUAUUAUUAUUGCUGUUGUUACCUAUGAUUACAACAUUAAAUAGCGACAUGAUUAUAUAAUAAUCUACAUCGUAUAACCGCAUAAGUUGCCGGCUGACUACAUAUGUUAUGGAAGUUUCAGAUUUUAUACACUUGCGUUGAAAGAUUAGUAACGUUAUUAUCGCUGUUAUUCGUGUAUAAUUAUUAUUGUUGUGAAAUAUUGUCAUAAGUACGUCUAUACGUAUAUUAUAGUCGAGGGGCUCGGUGACGACGAUUACAACCGAAAAAUUAUAAACAAGAGCUGCUCGCAGUAUUGAAUCUUCAUUUCCUUGGGAUCGACCAUAAAUCUUGAAUAUAGUAAUUUACUUUUGCUCAUCGCACAAUGGAAGAUUGCUCAGCAUUUCAAGAAUCGCUCAAAAUGUAUCCAAGAAUCCUACGCUUAUUGUGAUAUCCUUGAUUCACAAUCAGAGAUGGAUAAAUUUCACUAUCCGAAGGUUAGAGUAGAGUUUGCUUUUCACUUUGUUCACAUUGCACAUACCGUUGGCAGAAUUCGUUUAUAAAGUACAUAUACAAAUAUAUCUCUGUUUAUACGCAUAAUAUUCAUAUACACUAUAAUUAUUAUCUCGUAGUACGUAAAGCUAAGAGAUAUGUCUACUGUGUGUUUAAAUGUAAACUGUAAAAUACAAUUUUAGGUGUAGAACUGAGUGUAGAUGUUGCUGCAUCCGCGAAGGCAUUUGGGUUAUACCGACGUUAGAUAGUGAGAUACGAGUAUGACGGGCGGCUGUAGAUUUUAUAUCGCAUAGCUUGUCCUAAACGAGUGAUAAUUAUUAUUUCUUCGAAUCGCGCAAAAUUCUCAGUCACUUCCGCAUGUCGUUAAUUUCAUUAAAACAUCUUCAAGUUCGAUCUCUCCAACUCACAGCAUCAUAAGCCACGUGAUUGAAAUAAAAAUGUUACACCUUCUAUCGUCUAUACGUAUUCCCGCCUACGAAUAUAUCCGCGAACGUUCCGUUUAACAAUAAAAGUGUAUUUAUUUCCAGCCGGCAAUAUCUAGCUCGCGUAGCUUUAACUAAUUAGUACGAUAUUGAAUUUUUCAGAAUUUCUUUUCUUGCUAGUUUUUUUUUCGGAAGUGAAAGAGAUUUUGCACGGAAAUAUCCAUAAUUUUUCAUUCCCAUAGCUAUGGUUAAUUUUCAUUCCGUUUUCUGUCAAUUUUCAUUAUCGACUAAGGACAUCGUCGAAAAGUCGAAAAUAAAAUUGUGUCAGCUAUGAUCGUAGUCCGUGUAGUUAGACGUAAAUUGCACCAGCGGAAGGGCGACUCGAAGGCGCGUAUUUGAGAAUGAGGCGUCGCAAUAAUCGCGGUCUAAUUUUAACACCGUGAUAUUCUGGGUACGCCGAGCUGCGAAUACCUCGUGAAAAAACGCCGGCUCGCGGUAUAUCUGUAAUGGGAGUGUUGUAAUAUUUCAAAAGUGAAGUACAGACGAAGAAAGGAAGGAAAAUACGAACAAAAAUUCACCUGUACAACCCUAGCGUGGAAAAUAUCCACAUACACAGGUAUACUGUAUACUGUAUGCAUUAAUAUACAGGCAUAGACGUAGGGUAAUGAUAAAGUUCAUCAUUUAACCGGGUAAACUUAGUAUGUAAACUAAAUCUUACGAAACGGAGUCCAACCGCUCCAUCACUCAGCCGUUCCAUAUGAUCAAUUAAUUAUAAUCUUAUCGUUAGUGGGUAAUAUUAGGGAAGUUUACCGCCCUUCGUACCCCGCAAGGGUUGAGCCCUUAUGAAGCUUUUGAGGGGGUAUCAGGGCGGCAAGACGCUCGAGUAUCGACGGAUCGUUACUCGGAAAGUCUACGUCGAAGGAGGAUCCAAUUUUCGAUCAUUCGUCAUUCGUCGUUGUACGAUCGGUUUCUUUGAAUAUCGAUCGAUUUAACGAAUGACGGUUUGGAAAUUGUGGUUCGCGAACGUUUCAUUGGUGUAAUAUGCAACCGUGAAAAGAAGUGAAGCUAUUAAGCUCCGGUAAUCUUACUAUUAGCUAGUAAGCGCAAUCGAGUUUCCGAUAUUUUUGGGAUUGUUAUACACUUUGCCAAUCAAUUUUACGCGCGUGCGCGCG